CUAUAAUCUCCUACUAAGGGGUGUUUUCAGUAAGUUCAAACUGAUUCGUUUCUUGGAGCUCGGCUUAAAAGAGAAAAGCUCUGUGAUCGUUGUCAACCUGCAAAUUGCAAAAGAAACAAAAGAACUCCGAACGAUGGCUGGUGGAGGAAGGCUCGGAGAUAUCAUAAAAAUGGAUGAAGAGCUUAUUAUGAAAACUUGCUCUUCUGCCAUGAACGCUCACAAGUUUCCAGGGAACCCCUUUACUUUUGAGAAAAUCCGUGCAUCAUCAGAUACUUAUACGUCCUUCAUUUUCAGCUUUGCUGGAUCUUGGUCCAUAAGCGAUUGGCAGCUUGCUCAAAAACCUUUUGGAGAAACCCAGAUCAAAACUGAACUGUUUCCUUCUCUUAGAAGUAUAGGCAACGAUGAAUUUGCCAUGGUUAAUCAAGCUUUCCAGCAGAGGUUCGAGGAGCGGAUCUUGGGGACUUCAGAUUUCCGAGCUAAGGACCUAAUUCACUAGAAGUUGAUUGGAGUGGGUAGACACAAGGGAGGCAUUUGCCUUCUUCAACAAUCAAGCUCUUCUCUUAAUGAUUUACUUGACUCUCAAUCUUUACUUGUAUCUUCUUCAAAUUUAGCUAUGUUUGCUUGUUCAAAGUCAUCAAAACAUGUCUUAUUUGAACUUUGACAUUAUAGA